CCAUUUCUGCACAGAUUGCUCUCUAGGAAACUCUGCAUUUCAAUAGUCAAUAAGAAUGAAUCUUUCUUUUCUUUAUACUUAGAUUGAGCUUCACUCCAUAUAAAAGAAAAAACAAGAAAAAGGCAAAAAAAAACUCUAGGCUCCAUUUUUUUUCCUUGUACCUCAAAUUGGAUUUGUAUAGAGCUGCAACAAAUCCUGAAGGGAAGAGAGCACCUCAAGCAAAGAGAAAGAGAGAGGUAAAGUUAAGGAAGAUGUUUCUUAGUAUUGAGCUGCGGCAUUCUUGUGCUCUGCAGUAUAUUCAAGAUUCAAGGAAAAAGGCUUUUUAGUUAUUUAUUAAGGAGGGUGGUAGAAGGUUCUAUCUUGUCAUGUAAGUCAUCUUUCUUUGUCAUUCAAGAACUACUCUCGCUGUCUGCGUUUCAGUAAUGCUUUGGAUUUGGUACAGUGAGUUUCUUGUAUUUCAUCCAUUUGUUCAAUUACUUUGGUAUUGAAGAGGAUUAACAUUGGAUUCAGUUAAUAAAAUUUGUUUGAAAAUUAAGCUCUCCUAAAAGUUUGAAUCUUGGGGUUUAAGCAUGGGAAAGCAAAGUGGAAAAAAGAAAAAACAGAGAGAGGGAGUUAAAUCUGGAAGAUUCGAUGUGAAGAAAAACCAAGGUAAUGUGAAGGGAAGAGCAGGGGUGUACGAUGAAGAUAUGGUUGUGUUCAUGUCAAUGUCCCGGGAACUGAAGGAGGGGGGAAACAGGUUGUUUCAAAACAGGGAUUACGAAGGGGCGAUGUUUAUGUAUGGCAAAGCUAUAAAGCUGCUUCCAGGGAACCACAUAGACGUCUGCCAUCUCCGUAGUAAUAUGGCAGCUUGUUAUAUGCAGAUAGGGUUGAGUGAAUAUCCGCAGGCAAUACACGAGUGCAAUUUGGCUCUUGAAGUUUCCCCAAAUUAUAUCAAGGCGCUUCUGAAGAGAGCCAGGUGUUAUGAGGCAUUGGAUAAGCUUGACUUGGCAUUGAGAGAUAUUAGAAGAGUACUGCAGGGGGAGCCGGAUAACCUUAUGGCCAUGGAAAUUGCGGAGAGGGUGAAAGCAACACUUGUGCAAAAAGGCAUCAGGCCAUAUGACAAUAUUUCCAUUUCAGAAGUACCCGAGUAUGUUGAACCGCCUGUUGUCUCCACUUCUCUGAAAGCUUCUCCAAAAGAGAAGGCGUGGAAGAACAAAAGCUUCAAAGUAGAGAUGAAGGAAGAAGAGGCCCAAGAUAACAAGACUUUUGAGAAGGCAAAAGUUGAAAAAGGAGCUCUUGGGAUUGACAAAAUUAUGAAUCCCAAGGAUAAGAGAGGUGAGGAAAAGAAGGUCAAACAGGUGGUUGUUCAGGUGAAAGGUAGUGGUGACAAGAACUUAGAAGAUGAGCUCCAUGUCCAGAAGGCCAAGAUUAAAAAUGUGGAUAAAGCCAAGAACGAAGUACUGGAUGGUGGAGGCAAGAGAGAACGAAAGAAACCGGAGGAAGAAAGAAGUGGAAAUAAAGACAGGUACAGUGAUGCUGGGGAGAUAAAAACUGAAGAUAAAUCGGUUGUUGAGGAAAUUAAUAAGGACUUGGAAAAUGAGACAUCUAGACGAAUGGUGAAAUUGAUAUUUGGGGAGGACAUAAGAUGUGCCCAUAUUCCUAUCAAUUGUGGCAUUAUGGAACUGAGGGAGAUCAUACAUGAUCGGUUCCCAAGCUCCAAAUCUUUUCUAAUGAAAUAUAGGGACCAAGAGGGUGACUUGGUAACGAUCACAUCAAGUGAGGAGUUAAGGUGGGCAGAAGCAUCAUCAUCUGUUCAACACAAUUCUGUCAGGCUGUACAUUGUGGAUGUCACUCCAGAUCAAGAUCCUUUAUUUGGGAAGGUUAGGGAAGAUGAUGAGCUGAAACAUAAAGCAAAAAAAAAUCAUAGAAUGGAAAACAUAGAUCAGCUCGGAAGAAGUAUGGACUUGCACAAUAGAUUAAUUUGUAUUGACGACGGGAUUGUUCAUUUUGCUGAACUGUUCAAGAACUGUGUCGGAUUCGAAUUUGAUACUUAUCUGGAGCUACAAGGAGUUGAGAUGAAGCACCUUUACUCAGAGGCUAUGGAAAAGAUAGUCACAAGUGAAGAAGCUCAAGACCUUUUCCUUACUGCUGGAGAAAAGUUCCAGGAGAUGGCUGCCCUGGCUUUGUUCCACUGUGGGAAUGUUCACAUGUCCCGUGCAAGAAGAAGAGUUCACUUGUUAACUGAAGAAGACAAAUCUGGAGGAGGAGCUGAAUCUGCCUUCUUAAAGCUCAAGUCUGCCUAUGUUUGGGCAGAGAAGGAAUACUCAACUGCACGGAGGAGGUAUGAAGACGCAUUGAAGAUCAAACCCAACUUUUAUGAAGGUGUUUUUGCUCUGGGGAUUCAACAGUUUGAAGUGGCAAAACACUCUUGGUAUUAUGCAAUUAGUACCAAUGCUGAUUUGGAAUCAUGGCCUUCCAUAGAAGCAUUUCAACUUUAUAACAGUGCUGAGGAAAAUAUGGAAAGAGGUAUGCAUAUGUGGGAGGAAGAUCAAAGUGACGUGUCUAUAUUAAGCAAAACGAUUAUUCUCUUGCGAAAAAUGAAGUUGGACUGUUUGUUUAGAGAGAUAUCUGCAGAAGAAGCAGCUGAUCAGGCUGCAAACAUGAGGUCUCAAAUUAAUCUGUCGUGGGGUUCCAUGCUGUAUGAGAGAUCCGUGAUGGAAUUCAAACUUAAGUUGCCUGCCUGGCAAGAGUCUUUAGUGCGUUCUGUCGAAAGACUUGAAUUAGCUGGAGCUUCUCCAACAGAUAUCGAUCUUAUGAUAAAGAGCCAUUGCUCCAGCACCACUGCACCGGAAGGCAUAGGGUUCAAUAUUGCUGAGAUAGUAGAGGCAUGGAAUGAGAUGCAUGGAGCAAGAAGAAGAAGGCAGAGAGAUGUUCCAUCUUUUCGUUUAGAACCAUUGCUGCGGAAAAGAGUUCCUAAACCCUCUCAUGUCCCAAGUUAGCAACAAACAAGAGCAACCACUACCUAUACCGUUGCUGCUUUGCUCCUGCCAUCCACUUUUUUAUGCUCCCUAGCUACUAUACAUGUAAGUCAACCCACAUGCUUCAAAUAAUUUUUCUUAUAAAGGAGAUCGAGUGAAAGUCUUCUUUUUUGUUCUCUUUUUGUUUGUUUGUGAGGUUUAUAUGGUUUACUUGACUUGCAGUUUAUAUUUACGAAAACUCAUUCAGCUAUAACCUUAACAUGGAUUAAAUUGACGUUUGGGGUUAAAACAUUGCUCUGAUCAAACUUUUUAUGGCAACAUAAUAAAAGCCG